CACGCGGACUUUUCGACGAAGGAGAGUCACGCGCGGCAUAAUUAAUUAUAUACUCUUACUUUUCGAGGAAAAAAGAUGAUUUAAAUCGAUACACUUUCGUUCGGAUUGCACUCAAUAGCGUUAUUAUAGUGAGAAAAAUAUUUGUUGCAAACGAAAAAUGGCUCGAUUACAGAGCCUACUCGUCAUUUCGAUUUACUCGAUAAUAUCGAUCGUAGCAAGUGACCAAACUUCCGAGCCGUUCCAAGUACUUGAAUUCGACGAUUUUAUCAAGAAUCUCAACAAGAGAAACGAACAAUUGGGCAGCAAUUCGGACAUCGUGAAUUACGAUCCGAAAAAUUUGGAAACACGUCAAAAAGUAGACCAGACGCAGGAAUUCGCCGUCGAGGAUUUUGUGAAAGGCCUCGAGCAGCGCAUCGAUGCGACAAAAAAACUCGGCCGCAAGGAGGCCGCCAGAGAUAAAGCAUCGACCAAAGAACCCGAUUGUUGCGAUGAACCCAAAAAAAUCGUCAUCGAUCAAAACAAUCAAGAAUCAUUCUCGAAUCAAGAGUCGAAUGAAAAUCAGGAAAAUUUGAGUGGCAUCGAUUCUCGAGAAAUUUUUGAAGACGACACUGCCGACACUUACUCGCGUAUACAAAAGAGAAAAAUUAAAAAGAAUAAAAGUUCAAACAAGAACCACAAGAGUCGUCAAGCCAAAAAGUACUACUCGAGAAACAAGUGCGAUGAUCGCUCCUCGCGGGGAAUCGCCUCGAACUGUCCGGACUUCGGCCUCGACAAGAAUCUCAAUCUCAUCGCCUCGUCCAAGUCUCGCUUCAUUGCGCGCACCGAGCUCAUAGCCAACCGAAUCGCCUCGACCGCGACGAAUCUCGCUCUGCGACGCGGUCGUUUUCUCUCCUGCCUCUUCAAGCCCUUCUGCGACUGCAUGAGCGCGGCCAAGUGCGCCAACAACAAUCCGACGGCUUCGCAGCUGGUAAAUGCCGCGGCCUCGGCAGCAGCCGCCGCGGAUGCAGCAGCGGACGCAGCGGCGGCUGUAGGAGCCAAACGAGACGUUGAGAUAGCCGCUGCGGGGGCCACGGCUAGCAAGUUGGACACGAGCGUCAGCGCCGGAGGCGUCUCGAUCGGCAGCUCGCUGGACACGGCCUCGGAGACGGGGGCGAAGCUCAGCGUCGGCGACGGCAGCGUCAGCUCGUCCUUCGCCUCGUCGUCGGGCAUCGCGAGCGAUCUGCACGUCGGAACUGGACUGGGCACGGGACUGGGCUUGGGCCUGGGCCUCGGAAGCGACUCGCUGCUCGGCACCAGACGCAAUCUACUUAAUCAGUUCAACGGGUGCAGCGAAAUCGAGCGUCGGAUGAUCAUGGACGACGCGAUCGAGGAGGCGGCCCAUAUGAUACGAAGCAUGGCUUUGGACUCGAGGGCGGCUCACGCCGGUCCCCGCGCCCGACAGAUGCUGCAGCAGGAUCGGGACUUUGACAGGCGAGUGCUUGGCUUGGCCAUCGACCUCGUGAACAAAGUUACGGACGGCGUGCCCGGCGCCAUCCGGUAUCGAAGCGUCGACGAGUACCUGAACGCGCCCCGACACUACGAUCCGGCCUACAUCGACGAGGAGCUCGGUAUGGGUCCUCACGGUAGCCAUCUAGACGAGCUGGACUACGUGAAUCAGGCCCUGGGCGGGCACGACGAUCCCUACGGUCCAGGCCCCGAGAGGUACGGUGGCGGCCACAACCGGCACAACUACGACAUGUACGACGAUUAUCCCGCGGGACCUCUACCGGCUCCUCCGGUGGCUCAUCCGGCAGAUGCCCAGCACCUGCACCACGACAGGUACGCUCGAGCCAACAGCAAGAACCAGCGUCGCUUCGAUCGCUCACCGUACAUAAGUCGAUCGCUGCAGACGAGGCAGGGACAGCAGAGGAGAUUCAACGUCAAGUAGUUAGAGCUACUGCUUGAUAAGAUAUUUUACGAAAUUAUUAUCAUGUAAUUUUAUACUUAAUUUUAUACGAGGUCUGUUAAAAAAUAAAAUUGCGUUAUUUUUUUUAAU